UUUGUUUUUAAACCCUUCCGCCUUGCCGGAGAGAAAGCGAAACCAGAGGCCGCGCCGCUGCCGGCGGCCCAGGACGGGUUUGCUUCCCGCGGGGAUCCCGCGAUUUGGGGGCGGCCGGAAAGGGCGCUGGGCUGCGGGGCAGGAUGGCCGGCGGGCUGGUGCUGUGCGGGGCCCUGGCGCUGUGCGGGGCCCUGGCGCUGUGCGGGGCGCUGGCUGCGGAGCCAGCACCUCCAUUUCGCAAGGUGGACAUCGCCCUGGACUGCUCCUACGUGGGGGAAGCUGCCAGAGGGUCGUCAUCCCAGCAUCCUGCUACCCUCGUGUUGAGGGACAUCAGCAUCAGGAACGAUGGGAACUUGGGGGAUGAAGCUGAGUACAAAGCUCCACAGGAAAAUCCUGACUUCUCUUCUCCUAUUGUCUUUGAAGCCUCAGCCCCAUCAAUCUCUGUUCCCCACACAGAGUCCCUGCUGCACGCAGACUGUGGUGGGGAGGAGGUGAGCUGCGAGAUCUCCCCGUACAGCUUCCGGAAGGCUGGUGGGAGGCCCUGCCGUCCUUCCUGGUUCAUGGCCACCCUGCAGCUCUCCAGUGGGAUCAGUAUCGCCCUGGUGCUCAGAGGACCCCACUGCAUCAGCCAGAAGGAGGAGAAGGAGCACAACGCAACACUGCACCCAAAGCUGGGGAUUCCUAUGAGUAAAGAGGGGACAGUGCUGACCACAGUUGAAUUUCAAUCAUCAUCACGCAAUACUUCCUUGCGUGUGCGUCUUGGCAGCUCAGUCACCCUUGAUUGUCACUUUGCCUUGGCUCCCAGCUCUUGGUUUUUCUCCCUGGAGUGGAGGAGGCAACAUCGAGGCAGUGGCCGUAGCCUUUUCCAGUACCAGGUGGGGAGCACAAGCGUAGAAGCACAGCCAAAAGUCCACGUGGAUGUGGUGGAGCUGCUGACGAGCGGAGAUGCAUCACUUAGCCUGGAAGAAGUCAGUGUAGGGGACGAAGGGACAUACAUCUGUUUGCUGUCUACCUCAUUGCAUCAGGCCCAGCACAUCAUCCAGCUGCAAGUGGCAGAGCCUCCAAGAGUCCAUGUGAUUCCAGCAGUGGUGACAUUCGAGAGAGGUGUGACAACUACUCUCACCUGCAACGUUGCUGGCUAUUACCCCCUGGAUGUCUCAGUGAGCUGGACACAGAAGACUCCUAAGGGUGAAGUGGAAAUCUCUCUCUCAAACACACGUUUCUCCAGCCAUCGGCAAAGCCGAGAUGGCACCUACAGCAUCAGCUCCUACCUCAGCAUCAGCUCAGCCACAGUGCAGGCACCAGCCACCUACAGCUGCCAUGUGUCACACAUGGCCCUGGCAGAGCCCAUCUCUGUGAGCGCCCGUCUUAAGGCACCAGAGCAAACUGGAUCAGAAGGACUGGUGGGGACUUUCAUUGCUACCGUCAUUUUCAUCGUUGUCCUCUUCAUUGUGCUCGGGAGAAGAGCAGCUAAACCAAACUCUGAGCAACUUCUAAAGGCUUCAGAAUAGAGGAAACCCUUUUGCCACCCACCUGCAACGGUUUUCCUCCUAUCCCUUUGACACAUCGUGCUAAGGAGAGCCAGCCCUGUCCAAAUAUUAGCAGAGCCAUGCGUUGGUAUGGAAGAAGUGGAGGAUAAAAGUGACUGGAGGUGGACUCACAGAAAAAUGUCUUCAUCUUUGGAGGGCAACAGUGAUAGCCUCACCUCUUUGCUGGGAUGCUGCAUUAAAGGCAACACUCACACA